UUUUUGCCAGCAGCCGAUUCAACUCGUAUUAAGAUUCAAGUUUGUGAUAUGCGCUAAGAACCUAGAGAACAAAUACGCGCCUAAUCGACUUGCUAUUUGCUCAAAAGGUGGUACUAUGCAAAUUUGUUGGGUAAACCGUAAACGGUAUUUGCUAAAAAAAGAAGAAUUGUUUUCACAAUGGGAGAAAGUUAAAGAGGCCCAUUAGGAGAUGGGAUUGGGUCUAUUACAUUACUGGGCCGAGUUUGGUGUAUUAUAUAUUAAGUAGUUUUGGCGCGAGUUGUUUUUGUCGACGAAAGAGAGAGAGCCCGCCUUUAUGUUCCAAUAUUUGGCGCCAAAUUUGUUGAAAAACCACCCCGAACUUAUUAGUUUUCUGUUUCGUCGUCUUAAUCGUUAGCUCAAUUUCCUGAUUUAGGGCUUUUGAGUAUCUUGCGAAAACAUCUAAAAAAAGAAAAAAAAAGAACUCAGAUGGCGAUGGAAACCCUAGAAGGAAAAACACUGGGAGUCGAAUCCUCCUCCCCGAAAGAAGUGAAUUCCGCCAGCAAAGACGAGGCGGAGAAGAAGGAGGAGGAGCAACUGGAAGAGAAAGAGGAAGAAGGAAGUGUAAGUAAGAAGUGUGUGGAGAGUCAGAGGAGUGGUAGUAGUGAUAGACCAACGAGGGAGAGAAAGAAGGUCGAGCUUUUCUCCCUCUCCACUCCCCUGCGUCCUACACCAACCAAGUCCCUUUCUAUUGAAAAGGGUCGUGGAACACUGCUCAGGGAUAUUCCUAAUGUGGCUUAUCAACUCUCCAAGAGAAAAGCUGAUGACAACCUUAUCUUACUACACACCAUUCUCUAUGGGAAGAAAGCAAAGUCACAUAUGGUUAAGAAAAACAUCGGUCAAUUUUCUGGCUUCGUCUGGUCAGAGAAAGAGGAGGAGAAGCAAAGGGGACGAGUAAAAGAGAAGCUUGACAAAUGCGUAAAAGACAAGUUAGUCUUUUUCUGUGAUGUACUUGAUAUACCUAUUAACAGAAGCAGCAUGAAAAAAGAAGAAGUAUCUGUCAAAGUGCUUGAGUUUUUGGAAUCUCCCAAGGCAUCAAGAGAUGUUCUACUUGCUGAUCGUGAAAAGAAAUUACAGCAGGCCAAGAAGCGCAAGAGCACAGGGAAAAAGAGGAAAUCUGGAGAAUCUUCAGAUACCCCAGCCAAGAGGAAAAGGCAAACUAAUAAGGCAGAUGAUCCAUCUAACACAGAAGAAGGUAAAGGUGAAGGGGAUUCUGAUUCAGAAGUCACUAAAGAUGAAGAUGACGCGGCACCAAAAGAAGAUAUAGAAACUGAAACUGAAGAUGAAGCAGAAGAUGAGAAGCCAACUGAUAAGAAAAUCUCAUCGAAGAAGACUAAAGAGGAGAGCUCAGCAGGUACCAAAGGCAAAGAUAAACAAGCGUCUGCGAACGGUUCUAAGAAAUCUAUCGAAAAGUCUUCCAAAAGAGUUGCUAAGGCAACUUCAUCUCCAGCCAAGAAACAAAAAGUUGAUCAUGACGAGUCUACUAAAGGGAAAAGCAAGAAACAGUCAGCUAAGCCACAGGCUAAGGGAUCCAAAGAGAAAGGGAAAGUCACUAAGAAAGGCAAAGCAGAGCCAACCAGAGAAGAGAUGCUUGAAUUUGUGUCCAAAAUUCUCAAGGAAGUAGACUUCAAUACGGCGACAUUAUCAACUAUUUUGAAGAAGCUUAGUGACCAUUUCGGUGUUGAUCUCUCGCAUAGAAAACCAGAGGUGAAGGAGGUUAUCCAAGAUGCUAUAAAUGAAAUGACUGAUGAUGAAGAAGACGAAAUAUCUGAGGCUGGAAGUGACAAAGACAAGGAAGAAGAAGAGGAGAAAGCUGAGGCUGAAAGUAACACAGAGAUGGAAGAAGAGGAGGAAAAAGCUGAGGCUGAAAGUAACAAAGAGAAGGAAGAAGAAGAAGAGUAAAAGCUAAAACUGAUCAACAUUGUGCACGUGAUAGUUAGAGUCUAGAGAGUGCUGGAUCUGUACUAUGUAAUCUCUAUAGUUUCAUCUUAUGUACUACUAUGUAGUUUCAGUGACUUCUUCUUGUGUAGCUGUUGUUUGUUAAGUUUUCUAAUCCUUGUUCUAAUUGCUACCACUGAUUUGAAAUUUUAUAUUUCUGGGUUUAUUUUUUUGCUUAAGACAUCUUUGUCUGUUUUCCAA